AUGUGAAGCAAUAAGAACAAUGUAUAUGAAGACAUACAGUUCCAGCUUAUCUUCUUUUAUUGAUACCCUCAUUGCUUCACAUUUAUUAACGUUUCACCUAACUCCAGUUUCUGCUCUAAAAAUAAAUAAAUAGUGCUGUGUGUGUUAGGAUUUAAGGGUCAAAGUAUCUGCGUUCACAUAUUCGUUGAGCCUCUAUAUAAAUCCCUUAACCCUUUUGCUACUACUCCCACUUUUAGUUGUUCAUAUUAUACAACCAAAAUGACAAAAAGUAUAGCUCCUUCUCUGAUUCUCUUUGUUCUGUAUGCGUCCACCGCAGCUAUAGCCAUGGCCAGAAACCUUGGAGAGGAAUAUAGCGAUGAUACAGAGUUCGUGAAAGCCUCCUGUGAGACAACAACGUACCCGGAACUAUGCUUUCAGUCUCUGUCUUCAUACGCAAGCGAGAUCAAGAAGCGGCCUCGUCAGCUCGCUGAGACAGCGCUUGCUGUUAGCUUGGCCCGAGCAAAGUCAGCCAAAACCUAUGUCUCGGACAUGAGUGACUAUAAAGGAAUCACAGAGAGGCAGCACGAGGCCGUCUCGGACUGUAUAGAAGAGAUGGGAGAUACUGUUGACAGGUUGAGAAGUUCGCUGAAGGAACUGAAGCAUCUGGAGGAAGGCGAAAGCGGGGAAGACUUCUGGUUGUGUCUGGGCAAUGUCCGGACAUGGACAAGUGCGGCUCUGACGGAUGAGACAACGUGUCUUGAUGGGUUUGGAGGGAAAGCCAUGGAUGGAGAGCUGAAAAGCUUAAUCAGAGAACACAUUCUGCGUGUGGCACAAGAUACGAGCAAUGCAUUGGCUUUGAUCAAUGUCUUUGCUUCCAAGCAUUGAAGAUAUUGUGGUCUUGGGGGACGGAGUGUUUUAAUCUUGGAUUUGGUUUCUUUUGUGUUUUCAAGAAAUGUUUGUAUGGUUUGUCUCUGAGUCAAUAUCAGGUUUCGAUUGCCACAUUGUUAUGUCAUCUACGGGCUUACGUUGUUCGAAGCAAUGAUUUCUGUAAGCCAUGUAGAGGAUGUUGCAAUCUUAUCUUUUAAACCAUUUUCGGGUCAUCUUUGAUGGCAUUAA